UUGUUUUGGAUUUUCAGACCACGUGGAGGCACAAGGCAACUUUCCUCCGGUCUAGCUGUGGCUUCGUAGUGUUCUCCACACUUUCAGUGACCCAACAAGCAACGACCCCGUGUUGUGAGAGAUGUCAGCGGGUAGUCAGACCACCAGGAGCCGGGAAAUCCCAGCCGUCAGACGGGUCGCUGUCCACGAUGCUGCUCAUAUGCCCCAGGACUACUCCACGACCCCCGGGGGAACUCUGUUCAGCACCACGCCAGGAGGUACCCGCAUCAUCUACGACAGGAAGUUCCUCCUGCAGUGUCGGACGUCUCCUCUGGCUCGUACGCCUCCCAACCUACCGGACAUCCCAGGAGUCACCAGGCCGCUCAAACCCAGCAACUCCGCUGUCACAAACCAGCCCGAACAGACGCCUAACAAUAACACUGACCACAGCCUCUGUACAGGGAGCCCAGGAGAAGAUGCCCAGUUUGAAAUGGACAUCUGAAGAGAGUCGCCUACAAGGAUAAAAAUAAUGUUCAUUGUUUUUGUUUACUGGGAUAAGUCCAAUUGAAACGAGAAGCCUAGUCUUACUAAGCUGUGUAAUCUUCUUUCAGAUUUGUUUUGAAAACAAGGCGGUAUUUUUUGUGAACGUGUUAAAAUGUAAAAUACACAACAACACUAACUGAUGCACCUGACUUUGUAUGACCGGUGUCAUAUACAAGUAAGUGUACGUUUUGUUAAAAUUAAGCCAUUCAUAUUUUAUGUGAUUUGACUCAUUUCAUGAGUUUAAAAACGUCUUUAAAACUUUCAAUGUUAAAAAAUUAAAAAAAAAAAAAAAAAUGACAUUAUGAGCUUUACUUUGUAAUGUAACAAAUGUAACAGUUAAUGACCUCUGCAAAGGAGGUUAUGUUUUCACCCGCGUCUAUCCGAUGGUUUGUUUGUUUGUUGACAAAUUAUGUAUCAAGUAUUGAACCGAUUUGCACCAAACUUAGUGGAGGGAUGGGUCAUGGGCCAGAGAAGGACUCAUUAAAGUUUGGUGCCACUCCGGUUAAAGGAGCGAAUUCAGGAAUUUUACUCUCACUUUUGUCAACAUUACUGGAUAGGACAUUUUUCAACAUUUUUGUCAAUUUCUCAGGAAAUGAUACAGUUAGAUGUGCCAUUAUUUGGUGCUGACAUGUAGACUUGAGGGGAACUGUAGACAGUUCCUAUAUAAAAAAAAAAAAAAAGUUCAGGGAAGCAGCUGUGCAUUGCUCUUUAACAGACAUGGGUUAACCAGAGAUACAUUAGUCCAGAUCACGUUCAUCCUUCAAAUCUUUUCGCUUGUAAAACUGUAAAACAUUGUUUCAAAACACUUCAGGCACACAUAUAUACAAUAUUUCAAGAAUAGUCAGGUGUUUGUGUUUUCAGGUUUAGCAACUUAACUCUUGUAUAAACCCUGUAAUAAAAACCACUGAACACUUUGUUCAAGAUAAGAAAUAAUUUAUUGUAUUACUGCACAUAGUACAUACACAAAUGGAUCAAUGUGACCCGAACAUCUUAAUAAAGUUAAAGCGCUUACACUAUUCUGA